AUGUAUUGGCGCGUGGCUUAUCAGGCCGGGGCACUCCGCGGCGGCGAGCACGGCCCCACUCCGCGCCGAGUUCCCGCCAGACUCCACACGCACUCACUCACUCCUCUGGAAUCCAAUAGAGUCUCUUGUAAGAUGUCAGAAGGCGUAUCGAAGGAUGCCUUUGUAGCCUUCUCUUUGAUUUAUUUCACGUUCUUCUUGGACAAUGUUUUGUUAACCGUGCUGGUGCCCAUAGUCCCGGACUGGAUCCGCGGCGAGUCCUUGGAGCUGUGGGCCCGCCGGGAGGCGCCGCUCGCCGCCAUCCUCAACACUACCAUGCGCCACAUGCAGCGAGACAACUACCAAGGUGUCGGCAGCUCUCAAGCAGCCGUAGGACUAGUUCUGGGAGCAAAGGCGACGGCCCAGCUGGUGACGGCUCCGUUCGCCGCCGCCGCCGUCGGCAAGUACGGGCCCGCCAGGGUGCUGCGGGCGGCCACCGCGCUGCUGGCGGCUGCUGCCCUCGUGUUCGCGUGCUGCGGGGUGGUGGGGUCGGGGUGGGCGGCGGGCGCGUGCGCGUGGUGCGGGCGCGCGGUGCACGGCGGGGGCGCGGGGCUGGCCGCCGUGGCUGGCCUCACGUUGGGGGCGGCGCUGCGCCCCGCGCGCAUCCCGGCGCUGCUUGGCGCGGUCGCCCUCGGGGUGCUCGUGGGGUAUCCGUUCGGGGGCGCGACCAACGCCCUCUGGAGCAGGGAGGCGCCAUUCCUGAUACUCACGGCCGCUCUGCUCGCUAAUUUUGAGCAACGGAGCGAGGGUCCAGCCAUCGUCAUGUUCAAGCAUCAUGCCGGCACGGUGUACCUCAGGUGGCAUCGCAUCGUGUCGUGUCGCAUACAUCUGUUGAGUUGA